AUGCCAAGCAUGUGGCUCUCAGAGCACCAGAAAUUUGGAGUGGUCUUCUGCUGUGCAGGUGGCUUGUUCCUAUUCGGAGGAGUACUCAUGUUCUUUGAUCGGUCAUUACUGGCCAUGGGCAACAUUCUCUUCCUGAUCGGCCUCACCCUGAUAAUCGGCUUCCAAAAGACUCUUGUCUUCUUCUCCCGUCCCCAGAAACUCAAGGGCACCGCCGCCUUCUCCGCAGGGAUUAUUCUCAUCCUCCUCCGUUGGCCGCUUUGUGGAUUCCUGGUCGAGCUCUAUGGAUUGUUUAUUCUUUUCGGUGACUUCCUAAUUACCAUCGGACAAUUUGCCGGGAACGUUCCUGUUGUUGGGCCUUAUAUUCAGCGUGGAUUGGAGGUUUUGGCGGGUGGUCGGAGCAAUGCCGAGUUGCCUGUAUAG